AUGUUUCCAGAUAUGUUCUUCAAGACAUGGUCUAUCUGGCUCCUCUUGGCCAUAACAAGCUCAUCAACUGCCAUUGCGAUCGAUAGUCGACAAGCAAAGGAAAGCAUCACACUCUUUGUGUAUGGCUCUGAUGUCAACGGUGCUCCAUUAUUUUACGCUGAUGGGAAAGCAUACUUCGGACAUAGAGCAAUUAACGAGACCACUGUAACACAAACCAAUGUUACUGUCGCACCUGCCGACGAUAUUACAACUCCAUGGAGUGUCGCUGCAAAUUCUAGCACAAUGAGCUUCAAUGAAACUUUGUACAUGGCUCUCAAUCCUACCACCACGUCACAGCUUGAGUUUACUCCUGCAGCCAACAUGACGGCCGGCUUUGUCGAUACUGGACUUACUUGGUUCGGAACUGCUGUCGCAUAUGCUGCGGACGAAUCCAAUUAUGGCCUCUCUUUCGCUGGGGUUGCCACCAAUACUAGUGGCGUCUAUGGACUAUACUAUACCGUUGGAACAAGCACGGUUGAAGGUUCCUUUCCUGUGUCUGUCAAGAGUACGGUCCCUGUCGCUCCGUGA